UUUUAAUUUGCGAAAGGAAAGUGUUUUAUUUUCAUUAUAAUUUAAAGCUUGAAUAUUAGUGCAGAAUAGAAAAAGAUGUUUUAUAAUUUUUCUUGUUUAAAAAUACAACUCCGGUUAAUUAAUCUUAAAGCUUUAUUGCUGAACUAUGGGUUUGUGUAGUGUUUUUAACCAUCGUAUUUAAAAUAAAUAAUCAUGACCACUCAAGAAGUAGACGAAGAACAUCCGCAGAUUAUUUUAAAACAAGAAGAUGAAGAAAUAUCAGAAAAAUCGGUACAAGAGAUGAAGCCACCAUUGGACACGAAAGUGCCGAAAAGCAGUAAAUUAACAAAAAAAUUGGGUUCAAAAAAUCCUCUCACCUGUAAAAUCUGCCAGAAAACAUUCAAAACCAGCCAGCCUUUGAGAAUUCAUAUAAGACAAAUGUACUUUAACCUUAAAGCCAAAACAUUGCUAUGCGAUAUGAAGAAAGUCCAACAAGUCUGGGUAGAGAAAGUAUUAAACUCCAAUGAACUAAUAGAGAUAAGAAAAACAGGUCCAAACUCAUUACUAAUGAAGAAAACUAAACAAAAUGCAAUUGUCGAAUCUAAUGAAGACAUCAAAGAAAUAGAUCUAUCUUAUUUAUAUCCAACUAAUAAUAAAUAUCAAUUUAAGGAAUGUAAUAUUUGUGAAGUUAAGAUAUCAAGAAAAAAAUAUAAAAAGCAUAUUGCGUCACAUAUGUUUUAAAUGACCCCCAACUAUCCCCCAAGACUCCAUUGGGGUCCUUGUACCACUGGGGGUAUAUGGUGGGAAAAUUAAGGGUUCACAAGUUAAAAGACGAAUUAAACAAAAAAGAAGUGAAUGUAGAAAGUUUGUGAUUAUUUGGAAAAUCUCUAUUUUAAAUGAUUACUUGUCUAAAUGUGGUGUUUAUACAAUUUAACUGUUAGAUUAUGAAUCUCAACCUGUUUGUAAUAUUGUAAUAUAGUCAUAGAUUUAUAACCUAAUGACAGGUAUUAUAGAGGACAAAAUGGACACGAAAAAAUAUCUCCGGAUGCUCUUUGUUGUAAUUUACAAUACUAAAAUAGCUCUUAAUUAGAUGUCAAACAUUAAUCUUUAUUGUCAACACCGGGAAAAAGGGGCAGCUGCCAAUGCCCUUAGUUCCAGACUGUGGGUUGUCAAACAAAAAACACUUAUAUGUAUUUUCAUACCUGUCAUUUUCAUUUAAAAUGCAGAGUUAAUAAUCUAUUUUAAUACAAGAAUUUCGGCUCUGGAAAGCCACAGAGACAUACAAAUAUAAGGCUGUGUAUUCUAUAAUAUUUUAGUACUAGGAAAUAUCUUCACUUUGGUCUAAAUAUUACUGGGUUUUACUAAAUGGACUGGAAAAUAAAACGUAAUGUUUUAGUAUUAGUUAAGAAUAAUUAUGUCAAAUAUUAUGAUGAAUUAUGUUCCUCUGUAUAUAAUUUAGUAUUUUAAAUGUAUUUAUUUUUUAUUAUUUCGAUUUGUGCAUUUAAUAAAAUGACUUUGCCGCCUAAC